AUGGGCAGAGGACAAUCCCAUACGCUGACCGACUAUCCAGAAGUUGAUAAGCCCUCCGAACCCUCAAUGUUCCCCUUCUGGGGAAACCAUACCAGGGAAAGGAGCUCAAGAAUGAGACAUGUUAUAGGAUCAAUAAGAAAAGGUCUUGCUCAUGAGCAAGAGAAGCUCUUUAACCCGUCAGAGCCCGCCAUUCAUGACCACGAGCACUUCAACAUGACCGAGUAUUCAGACUCAGAUAGUGGACAUAACACGACGAAACCAUCAAAUCCCAAGCUGAGGCGUCCAAGUGAGAGAUCCGACGACCUCCAAUGGUCAAUCAGUCCUGCUCUCGAAGCUUGCAAAUUAUUUCAAGCCAAUGAAAACAACAUGGGCCCUGAGUCACACCGAAAACCAGCGACCUGGGGAUGGCCAGGUUUGGGAACUUUUCCAGAGCCUGAGGGACCUUCAUCCAAGACGCAGAAUAGGACUAGACUGCAGAAAGCUGCUGCACUGGAGCCUAGGGUUGAAGCCGCUACAUUUGAAGCUAUCGACAAUGCAGCCGAGUCGGAACCGUUUGGUUGGCCUGGCCUGGGCGAAUGGCCGCGAUCAAGAAAGUGA